AUGUUUCUCUUCCGUAUGAAGGACUGUCGGCGUCGCAUACGAUAUCCAUUGCACAUUACUUUCUGGCUUAACGUCCUCUACUCUAUCGGAUCGACAAUAGUCAACGUCGUACAGUGCACACCUAGAGCAUAUGCUUGGUCUAGGCCUGCAAUGGACAGCGUCGAUGCCAACGGGAAUGUCGUGCCAGGCGGUACUUGUAUCGACUCACGUACGUUCGUACUGGUGUCUUGUGCCCUGUCGAUUUUCAUGGACCUCAUCAUCAUCCCCAUCCCUUCUGUCAUGGUAUGGGGUCUUCAAAUGCACCGGCGCACAAAGAUCCUGGUUGUCAUUGUAAUGAGCUUGGGAUGGAUCGCGACAGGUGUCUCUGUGGGCAGGUUUAUUGUGUAUUACUACCGCUUCGCCCCUACGAACAAAGACCGUACAUGGGAUAUUGGUAUUGGUAUCAGCAUUGCCGAACCUGCUGUGCACAUAAUGACGGCAUGUGCUCCGGCGACCAAGUGCCUCUUCCGGUACUUGUUCCCGCAGUACGGUACGAACCGAAACACCUCAUACUACGAAGAUCGCACCGCGGAUACGAACCGACAUAAUACCAAGGUAUUCGGAAACUUCCAUUUCGGACUAUCGAACAAUCCAGAUGAUGAGAUCACCAUGGAGGGGAUAGGAGGUGCACCGAGGACUGCUCCGCUGCCGCCUGUGAAGGACGAAUCCGAAUAUGGGUUGAAAGCUGUGGGGAGCUUCGAGUCAAAAGAAUAUGUUGCAAAAGGAAUAGGUAGAAAGAAGAGUUGUUCAAAGACCGCAUGCACGGAAGCAAGCGAGCCCGUGGAAGUCGAGCCGAAGCAUUGCCUAGGGCAAGCUCGGUGA